AUGGUAAUUAACGACUUGGCAUUCAAUCCGGAUUACUCAUGUAUCUCAGUAUCCACAUCGCAGUUCCACAAGAUAUUUAAUUGUGAUCCAUUUGGCGAGUUUUACUCUUCAUCACAAGGGACCUUGAGACGAUCCUUAUCGCACUCCAUGGAAGAUGCCAGUGCAGCAGCAGCAGCAGCAGGCAAUAAACAAGAGGCAACCAAUGACAAUACACCCACUGCAUUCCUUAAAAUGCUAUUUUCAACUUCAUUAACUAUAAUAGUACCAGAAUCUGAAUCCGGCAACCGCUUACUAAAGAUAUACAAUUUAAAACAGAACUUAAAGAUAUGUGAACUAACGUUCCCUUCCAAUAUAAUCGAUGUCAAAUUGAAUAGGAAGCGAUUAUUGGUGAUAUUGGAAACGGGCCAGAUUUACAUUUACGAUUUAAGUUGUGUCAAAUUGCUAAAAGUACUACAAGUGAAUGUUGAUCGUGAAUUUGUGGGAGAUUUAAGUGCCGAUGACAAGUCAUGGUUAGUGUUACCUCUUUCUUUAAUCACCCAACAAACAGAUUUAGUCAAUAAUGAUCCAAACCCGCAACCUAUGUCUUCACCUAUUGUUCGGCCAGUUGACUAUUUCUAUUUUGACGAUUUGGUAGAGUUUACUCGAAGGUCAAGCACAUCAAGCCAGUUGUAUAACAAACAGCACAUCACCCUUGAAGAUAUUAAUCAUGAUGCCCAUGGUUGGGUUUUGGUAUAUGAUACAAUUAAUCUCAAACCAAUAGUUGUAUUCCAAGCGCAUAACUCUUCAAUUGGGAGAAUUACUAUAUCUGCCAGUGAGAAUAAGAUUGCAACUGCAUCAAAGAAAGGGACUAUUAUACGAGUGUUUAAUUUAAAACAAGAGGCAGAUAAAUUGAGGAUUAAACAGGUGAAGAAUUUAAGACGUGGACAUAAUCUGGCCAAGAUUAACGCAUUGAGUUUCCAUAAUGACAAUCAGAUUUUAGGGUGUGGCUCGGAAACGAACACUAUUCAUUUCUUUAAAAUCUCGGGAGAGCUUGUUCCCACAGAAGAAGGUGAAGAUUAUAGCAGCCAUGAUAUGAACACUAGUACUGAGAUUGACGAAAGUGAUGACGAUGGUGACACCAGCAGAUCUUCAGAAGAUUUGAACGAAAACUUGGCCAAUUUGCUAAUCUCCAAACCAGUUCCAGAAUCACCUCCUUCCAAAGACGGACCAAUAUCUUGGUUUAAAAAGACCAAGAAUCUUAUCAAUAAUCAUUAUACAAACACAAUAAUCAAGAAGUUACCAUACAAGGAUUACUUGGAGAAUCUUAUAUGGGAACCACCAACGAGAUCAUUUGCUUAUAUCAAACUCCCGGAAACUAUCCAUAGUGGGAAAAACAAAGUUGAGAUUGGCUUCAAUGGUAAUUCAGUGUACUUAGCCAGCUAUCAAACGGGUAAUUUCUACCAUUAUAAGCUUCCUAGACACCGUGCUUCAGUUUCUUCACUUGAUGAUGAUGAAAAGAGGGCAGCAUGUCCGUUGAUAUCUCAAUAUAGUUUAGUCUAA